AUGGAGGAUGAGAAAGAUGAAAUUCCCCAAAAAAAUUUCUAUCUGACAACAGACGAGCGGAAUAAUGAAAUCGCGUUUCUAAAGUACAAGCGAGGGGAGAGAAUUGUUGAUUGGCUUAUGGAAACAAAGCAAAAAAUUUUUCAACACAAAUGGACUACACCCAUUAAAGCAGUUCUACUAAAUUCUCUGGAUGAAUCUGCUCGUGAAUAUGCCUUCAGUGAGGGUUUAUGCGAGGAUGAUUCUUUCAAUGAUAUUUGUAAGUCACUCGAAGAAAUCUUUCGAUAUGAUGGCAGAUUACCAACCCUUCUGCAGCUGUAUAACAAGAGUGAUGAUAUUUACACUUCUAAUGAAGCAAGAGCAACUGAAAUCUUUUGUAGAACAAAAGCCAUACUUCUAAAGCGUGAUAGUAAGGAAUUGGUUGAAGAAACGGCCUUGCAUCUAUUUAUUCAUACACUGAGAAGAGAAUUGGCUGAAGAAUUGCUGAAAUUUGAACCGAGAACACUGCAGGAAGCUCUGCAGUUGUAUCCCAAGGCGUUAGAAAGAUAUUAUGCAAAUCAAGUUAUUUCGAUAAAGUGA